AUGAAUUUAUACGGGUAUUUUUUACUUCUUAUUAUUGUGCUUGCUUUCAUUGCAUUACUACCAUUGUUUUCUGGUAUCGGCACAUUCAAACUCACUAAACCAAGUUCGUCCGCAACAACACAGUCAACGACCGGUAAACUUGGUAAGAGGGAAUAUUUGAAGAAAAAACUAGAUCAUACCAAUGUGUUAAAGUUUGAUUUGAAGGGCACGGAGAAGAAUCCUAGUGAUGACCGUGCAAAUGCGUCUUCCGCUGCUAGAAAAUUUGAAAUUGAUUCAAAGACAGGCCUAAAAAGACGUAUAAUUGGACAGUACAACAAAGAUCCAAAUGAUUUCGAUUUCGAUAUCGAUGACCUGAUUAAUGAAGAUGAACUAGAUGAACGGAGGGAAGAAGAGAAAAAGCUGAAAAAAUACAACGGUAAGAAAAAUGAAGCUUACGAAGGAUUUGUAUAA